AUGUCAGGCCCUCGCGCGUCUGCGCCGAUUCUGCUCGCUCUCCACGUCUUGCUCCUCGCCGUUCUCUGCAUCGCCAACCCGGAGCAAUUCCCGUCAUCCCCCGCAACCAUCGCUUUUCACAUCUCCGUCAACGAAGCCCAGCUGCCCCUCCUAGAGCGCUUCUUUUUCCGCAUCUACCACCCGUCCAACCUCUACCUUCUGACCUUUGCGCACUCGCUCGACCCCCGUGCCAAAUCCGCCCGCAUCACCGGCCGCAACGUCCACAUCCGCAGUGCCGAACCCUACGUCCCAGACGGCGUGUCCGAAGCUAUAAACAUCCUCGAUGCCAUGGCUUACUUCCUCGAUCGCGAGGACGCGCUCGCCUCGGACAAGCCCUCCUUCGACUACUACAUCCACUGCACCCCCAACGACUACCCCACCGUUACCGCCGAGCGAAUGCGCACCCUCCUCGGUUUCGCGAGGGACCAUUUGGACGCCGCCACCUUCUUCCACUUCACCCACACUUCCCAGCUGCCGCUCUUCGACGGGGAGCUCAGCCGCAUUCAUAUCGAUUACUCAUUGUCCUUCAACCGCUCCCUCACCCUGGAAGAAGGCUUAGAGGCCACUAAGAGCUACCACCCGGACCAUAGGCGACGCACCGCGGAGAUCUUGCGUACUGAUAAGCACUUCGUCGCGCAUCGUCGCUACGUCAAGAUCGCCGCGGACUCCAUGCUAUCUAAGCACCUGCUCAUGUCCCUCGGGGACGCCAGUCAUGUCUUUGAGCACUUUUUCGGCUCCCUUGCCGCCGCCGCUAGCGAAGAGAAUAUCAAGCUCAUACGCACCACGUCGCUGCGUUGUACUAACUUUAACGACCUGGACAGGGCUGUCAAGCACAUCCUCCCAGGAUACAAACCCAGAAGUCCGUCCACAGACUUUUUGCUUCGCACAGUGGAGCCAUGCCUUUUUACAGGGCCUUUUCCAGAUGAUGGCCCGGAGAAUCUGGCAAUCCGCAAUCGCAUCGAUAUGGAAUUGCUCAUCGCUCCCGGUACCCAAGGUAGACCCGAAGGCCCUAGUUAUCACGACAGGGUGUACGGAAAUCUGAAGCGGCUGGUUUCAUAG